AUGUGGCUCAUAGAUUGGUUCUGGGACACCCUCGCCUCACUUGGUCUACUGAAUAAGCACGCCAAGUUAUUGUUUCUAGGUCUUGAUAAUGCUGGAAAGACUACACUUCUACACAUGCUAAAGAAUGAUAGAGUUGCGAUUCUCCAGCCCACUCUUCAUCCAACUUCCGAAGAACUAUCAAUUGGGAAUGUCAAAUUUAUGACAUUUGAUUUGGGAGGCCAUCAACAAGCGCGUCGUCUCUGGAAAGAUUAUUUCCCCGAAGUUUCUGGAAUUGUCUUCUUAGUAGAUGCUAAAGAUAUUGAGCGCUUGUCUGAAUCUAAGGCUGAGCUAGAUGCUCUUCUGAGCAUGGAAGAACUAAGUAAGGUCCCAUUUGUGGUUUUGGGCAACAAGAUCGAUCACCCAGAUGCAAUCAGUGAAGAUGAGCUGAGACACCAAUUGGGACUUUAUCAAACCACUGGUAAGGGUAAAGUUCCUCUCGAAGGAAUCAGGCCUAUCGAGAUAUUCAUGUGCUCAGUCGUUAUGAGACAGGGCUACGGUGAAGGUAUUAGAUGGAUGGCACAAUAUGUGUAG